UCCCAGCGCGCUACAUUUGUUCCCUUUCGCUUACCGUACGCGAUUAUUGAAAACAAAUAUGGCGUCCUCAAUGUCACUUCUGGGCUUGGGACGUAUAUCUGUCCUAAAUGCGGCUUCAAAAUGGGCUUUAUAUCCUCUCAGGUCCACAAGCACAUCAACAUCAAGGCUGGCAGAAAAACAAGGACAAGACACACAACUUAUUACUGUUAAUGAGAAAUUGGACAUAACAACGUUGACAGGCGUGCCAGAAGAGCACAUCAAAACACGCAAGGUGCACAUCUUUGUUCCAGCGAAGAGUGCAAUGCAGUCAGGAAUCAACAACACCAAGAAAUGGAAAAUGGACUUUGACACAAGAGAGCGCUGGGAGAAUCCACUCAUGGGCUGGUCCUCAACAGCGGACCCUCUCUCCAACAUGGUGCUAAAUUUCUCUUCCAAGGAAGAUGCCAUUGCAUUUGCUGAGAAAAAUGGUUGGAGCUAUGAAAUAACAGAGAAGAGGAGCUCCAAGCCUCGAGUGAAAUCCUAUGGGGCAAACUUCUCGUGGGACAAGAGAACACGGAGGUCCGCCAAAUAGAGUGAAGACGGCCAUCUGUUGCUUUGCUCUGUUUGUCCCACCACAAACCUGUACAAACCGUCAAUAAAGGCAUUCUUCUCUAGAUGUAAA